UGGAACUCUGCCUACACCGGGUCCGGCCAACUGACGGUUGGGCCCCGCUGGAACAGGGCCCGCGUGCCAGUGUACCGUGACAUCUCGCCAGGGCCCCACCCACGCGGCAUCGCCCCUCAAGGCCCUGAACCGGAAGAGGAGGGGAAGCAGAGGCGAGGGUGCCGUGACGACGGGAACGAAGCAGCGACGGAGAAGCGAGGCGAGCGAGCUUACAAAUACAACGCCGCCCAUCUCCAAUGCCCGCCCCGCCCGCUUCAGAUCCCAAACCCUAACCCUAGGAGGCCGUCCAGGGGCCCGCAACCGCCGCCGGUGGCCGGCGGGCGACGCGAUCGGGCGCCGACCGACGCGGGAGCAGCGCCGAGGCGCCGUCAGGAAGAAGAGGAAAAGGCGGGGAGCCCGAAGCCCUAGCCGUGCGGCCGAGGCGCGGAUCGGGGAAGGGAGUGGAGGGGGACGGAAGGUUGAGGUGGGCGAAGCGAGAUGCCGGGCGACGUUGCGACCUCGCCGGCGCCGCCGCCUUCGUCAGCGUCCUCGUCCUCGUCCUCGCAGCACCACCACCAUCAGGGCCCCGCAUCCGCCCGCGGGCUCCUGUGUCACGCCGUCGCCGGCGCCUCCGCUGGUGUGGUGGCGGCGACGUUCGUGUGCCCUCUCGAUGUCAUCAAGACGAGGUUCCAGGUGCACGGCUGUCCCAAGCUAGCCACAGGCACAAUUGGAGGUAGUGUAAUUAUUGGGACCUUACAACAGAUUGCUCAACGGGAAGGUUUUCGGGGAAUGUAUCGUGGCCUCUCCCCGACUAUUCUGGCGCUUUUGCCAAACUGGGCGGUCUAUUUUACUGUAUAUGAGCAGCUCAAAAGCCUGCUUUCUUCCAAUGAUGGAAGUCACCAACUCUCUUUAGGGGCAAAUGUUGUUGCUGCAUCAUGUGCAGGAGCUGCAACGAGUAUUGUAACAAAUCCACUUUGGGUUGUGAAGACAAGAUUUCAGACCCAAGGAAUAAGAGCCGGGCCAAUCCUUUAUAAAGGUACUCUUGCUGCCUUGAGAAGAAUAGCACAUGAGGAGGGCAUACGUGGACUAUACCGUGGUCUGGUCCCUGCCUUGGUUGGUGUCAGUCAUGUUGCUAUUCAGUUCCCUGCAUAUGAGAAGAUUAAAGCUUAUCUGGCGGAGCGAGAUAAUACUACUGUUGAAGCAUUGAGUUUUGGUGAUGUUGCUGUUGCUUCAUCUCUGGCUAAAGUAGCUGCAUCAACUAUGACAUAUCCUCAUGAGGUUGUUCGUUCAAGGCUGCAAGACCAGGGAGCACACUCGGAGGCUAGAUACAAAGGUGUAAUAGACUGCAUCAGAAAGGUUUAUUACAAAGAGGGCGUGGCUGGCUUCUACCGUGGAUGUGCCACAAAUCUGUUCCGGACAACCCCUGCUGCAGUGAUAACUUUCACCAGCUUUGAGAUGAUCCACAGGUUCCUCCUUGAUCUACUCCCUCCUGCACCUGAACCGCACAUCCAACCACUGAAGCAUUGACCAUACAAUAACUGUACCCUGUCCAUGCUGCCAAUGGAAAUUAGGAAGCCCAGUAAGUAACCAUCCAGCAAUGCUGUUCACCAAUCCCUCUUGCUCUUGUAAAAGAGAGAAUUCUUUUUCCCGGAUAUGCAACAGGUAGCUGCCAUUCAAAAGUUGAAACUUAAUAGUGUAGGCGGGGAUUAGCAUCUUUGUAUGUAAUAGAUUCGUUAGCAUGCAUUUGGGAGGUAUAUGUGGUGAUGUGGGUAUGUUGUCUUGAUGAUGAUGAAAAAGAAAAAGAAUUUUUCCUUCGAAUGAAUGAAUAAUUACUGUAUUCUCUUUCGCUUA